UGCUCAGUAUCCGUGGUGGCCAGGAGGAGGAGCCUCCAGAUGCCCAACUCAUGCGAUUGGACAACAUGCUUCUGGCGGAAGGCGUGUCUGGACCGGAGAAAGGGGGCGGGUCUGCGGUGGCGGCGGCUGCAGCAGCAGCUGCAGCGGGAGGAGGAGUGGGCUCGGACACCAACGCGGCAGAACACUCAGACUACCGGGCCAAGCUGACUCAGAUCCGCGGGAUCUACCACACAGAGUUGGAGAAGUAUGAACAGGUGAGGACAGACCACGCCCCUCGUAACCACUCUCUCCCUUCCCAUAAACCCCUUUGGCUUUAAGAAGACCCUCACAACCCCUCUCACUUCCUAUAGGCAACCCCUCUCUCCGUUAGGUCCUGUCUGCUCUGAGUUCUGCCAUCACACUACAUACUGAGGACCACUGCCGUCUCACUACACUCACACUGCACACAAGUUUUUUUAUAUGCAGAUAAUCCUUCUCAAAUCAAACCCCCAAAGCACCUCCUGAGCAACCACGCUUUCAGAAAUCACUUUCCAGCUGGCAAACAUUUUAUCAGUCACACUCAUCCUUCGCCAAAGAGAUCAUCCUGUCAUUCUCAUGGAUGUCAUAUAUAUUACCGCCUGUCAUCAUCUCAAAGCAGACUCAUCAUCACUACCUGUCACAGUGUUACUUAUGCACCUGAGUAUACCCAUGUCAGCACUAUGUGUACUACUGAUACAGUGUGUACGGGCGGAACGGCUGUUGCACUGAACUGUGUCUCGUUUCAACUGACGCGACCCCGGUUCUGACAGUCAACAGACUCCCCUGUCCCCAAACACAGCAGACACUUCCCAGUGACUGAUUCUGACAGAGAGAGAGAGAGAGAGAGAGAGAACAAAAGAGACACUGAGUGAAAAGACAGAGAGAGAAGUGGAGAGAGAGAGACAUAAAAUAUAGUUCAAAGCUGGUGAACGUGAACAGGAAAGAAAGCCUCCUGUCAUUUUAGACGUCUUAACUUUUUUCUUAACUGUUGAAGAAAAGUCUCCUCAAUAUACAAAGAAAGUCUCACAGCUUAGUUGUAUAGCUAAUCCACUGCUAUUGUGUCUGCCACAGCACUGCAAUACUUGUAUUACUACUACUAGAUUUUGUCAUUGUCGGAUGAGAAUAUAGUUUCUCCAAAACAGAAACUUUUCAGGAAAUGGAAAAAACGGAUUCUUUCCCCCGUUAACGAACAUACAAUUAUGAAGCUAUUUUGAAUACAUUUUCUAGAGUCACGAAAUGUUCAGAGUACAUUGAGGGGAGUUACUUCUUUCAAUAUUAUAAUAAUGAAAAUUGGCAAAAAUGGAGUUGCAAGGUUUUCCAACAGCGACAUAGUACUACUUAUGAUAUUAACAUUACUUACAACACUUGCAGUGUCUUACUUCUCUGCUGUAUUCAAGUGCGUGUGAUUGCUAUCUGCCUCAUAUGAGUGUCUGUCUGUCUCUUUAGGCAUGUAACGAGUUUACCACCCAUGUGAUGAACCUGCUGAGGGAGCAGAGCCGCACACGGCCCAUCUCGCCCAAAGAGAUAGAGCGCAUGGUGGGGAUCAUCCACCGCAAGUUCAGCUCCAUCCAGAUGCAGCUCAAACAAAGCACCUGCGAGGCAGUCAUGAUCCUACGCUCCCGCUUCCUCGAUGCCAGGUCUGUGUGUGUGUGUUGUGUGUGUGUCUUUCUCUAACUUAAAUGUAUUGUUAUGAAAACAGGCAAAACCUUUGUUAUGAUGUAACAUUAUUUGGACAGCAAUUGUCUGCCUUGUGAUAUUAAAUAUGUUCUCUCGCUCUCCCCCCCGCUCUCUCAUCUCUUCUCUCUUCCCUCUCUCUCUCGCUCUCUCUGCAGACGAAAGAGGAGGAACUUCAACAAGCAGGCAACAGAGAUCCUAAAUGAGUAUUUCUACUCCCACCUGUCCAACCCCUACCCCAGUGAGGAGGCCAAGGAAGAGCUGGCCAAGAAGUGCUCCAUCACAAUGUCACAGGUAUGUUCCGCCAGUCACAAGCCUCGUAUCCAUCCUGUAUGUGAUGAAGCCAACUCUAAUCUUCUAUUGUUGUGCGUGUACAUGUAUGGCAAAAACAGUAUGGCUCCUAUCAUGCCACAGGAAGUCAGCUAGCAUAGGGUCAUACAGCACCAAUGUUUAAUUCUGCAUUCUGUUAUGGAAUCACAUAGGCAGUCUUGUGACAGCAUGUGAUAGCUUUCUCAAACAAUUGUUUCAACAAAACAAAAAGCGAUUUACUACAGACAUUUCUUCUCAAGUAAUUUGUACUUUAAAUGUUUCACAGGUAUCGAACUGGUUUGGAAACAAGAGAAUCCGAUACAAGAAAAACAUUGGCAAAUUCCAAGAGGAAGCAAACAUGUACGCUGCGAAGACAGCCGUCAGUGCAACCAGUGUAUCAGCCCACGGCAGCCAGGCCAACUCCCCCUCCACCCCCAACUCUGCAGGUCAGUAUCAAUACCAGCCAGCCAUAGUAGAUGUUACCAGUAUGGUACCAAGUCAGUACUGUUAAUGUUAGUUUGGCUGCGUACCUACCCCAAAUUCAACAUGAACACAGAUCAUCAUUAUAAAGAGCUAAAGCAUUAUAUAUGCUACAUUGAGAGGGAUCCACAUUGCAGUAGUAUGGACAAUAAAAUUCAGAAAUACGACAGAGUUGAGCAGAGAGGUGUAGAGCACUGAUUAGAAAACUUGGCUUUACGCAAAUGUCAUCUCAACCCUGGGCCCCAACUCAAGAAUCCAGUCUCUGUCUCUGUUCCUUUUGACUAACAAAAUACUGUCUGCAUCCAACCUUUCUGAACUAACCCGAUAACUUCUGGCCCAGUGGUCCGGUCCCUCUCUCUCUUUCUCUCUGGGGUUUGUCUGGUUAACACACCAUUUCGGAAUCAGUCUUGGUUAAAGAAAUAGUUCAUCCAUCCUAUGACUUGUCUGGUUGACCUCUUGUGUGUCAUUAAGGUGAUGACAGGGCGCUCCAGCCUAGUCCUUUGUCAUCAUGGUGACCCUUCAGCUGUAUUGGAUUAUGGCCUUGUCUUGUGUUUUUUUCUGCCUUGAAAUCAAGUUAGGCUGCGUUCUCUUUUAACAUCUGGGGAGUUUGGCUCCAUUAAAAGGACAAAGAGGAUUCUUUCAGUCUUCCUGUCGAUCAAUUAGCACUUCCUUAAUGAUCCAACCUGUCCAGUAGCAAGGAACUUAAACAACAAGACAAUCCAUCUAUUCUGUUUCAGGUUCACCCCGGUUUUAACCCCUAACCUUGUUCUUAGUAAUAUGAUUGGCAUCACAAUAGUGUAGUGUAUUGUUGAUCAUUAGUACAGUAUAGUUCAAUAUUUGCUUAGAACACCCCUUAGCCAGAGGGGUUACAUUUCCAUAAGUACAUAUAGUAGACGGUGGCUGGUCACUGAUGUGGUUCCCUGUUCACUACACCAUAUUUUGCUUUCAACCCUCUCCUACUAACCCAACUGACUGCACUUUUUCUGUUGCAUGAUCGUUGUUAACCCGUCUUUCCUUUCUUCUCUUCUCUCUCUUCCUCCCUCUCUCUCUCUUUCACUCUCUGGCCUCCCAGGUUCUGCUGGCUCUUUUAACAUGGCAAACUCCGGAGACUUGUUUAUGAGUGUGCAGGCUCUGAAUGGGGACUCAUACCAGGGGGCCAGGGUUGGGACCAAUGUUCAGUCCCAGGUAGGAGCCUCGCAGAGACUAGUACGUUAUCCAUACAUUAGUAGUACACUAGUUGUCAUGUAGAUAGAUACCCAGCUAGCAGUCAUACAGUAGUAGCCUAUUAGUGGCCUGUUGAAAGCAGUCAUUGACCCGCGACGGACAACCUUAUAAGGUCUCAAAUUAAAAGAAUGAAUCUCCCUGGUCAGUUGUUCAGGCACUGCCCGGCCUACAAGGUUUAAUUGAAAUCUGAAUCUGAAUCUCUUGACCUAGUCCGUGAGACAGAGGUCAUAUGUGGCCUUUAGCCAUACACUGAUGUGGCGGCCAUUAUCAGGCUCAUGAAUGAAUAGACGACUGCAGACAGAUUUGGAAACAAUACAAGACUCGUCAACACUGCAGACAACAGUUGUCGUAGGCACUGGUGUACAACAGUCAUCUGACCUUGCCCCGUUGGACAACGAUGACCAGCACAGAGUUUUCUGAGUAUUGGGAUUGGGAGGGAGUCUCAUUCACCAUAGUUUGGGUUGAAGAGUCACCACCUGCUUCAUCCCUCCACCAUCCCACCUUCAUUUUUAAAUCAACUCUCUGUUUCAUGAAUAUGCAUAGUAUUAACCCCUGAGCUGGACAAGAGGUCUCCUGGGUUGAUACUGGGUUGAAAAACAAUGUCCUUGUCAGAAGGUCAUUUGGCUGCACACUUCAAACGCGUUCCCAGCCACUGAGGAGAGGAGUUUUGAGUCGUAUAAUUAAUUUGAUUUGUUUCAUUUUUGUUCCUCUUUGAAUUGUAAUAAGAUUUUUAUAUGAGUUCCCUUGUGAUGUUAUUUGUGGUGGUUUGUCGUUGUUCUUAUGUGAUAUCUAUUGUGUUGAACCAGUAUUACAGGCCAAAUCAUUCUAAACCGUCGCUGUGGUAACCUUUCCCAGUGCAUGAUACCCUUUUGCUAUCAGACUGACCUUUCUUAUGCAUGAAGGUCUUUUUCAUGUAGAGCUUUUGUCUGUCUGACCCGCCCUUUUCUCUGUGUGUUUCUGUGUGUACAUGUGUGUGUGUGUGUGUGUGUAUGUGUGUGUGUGUGUGUGUGUCCGUUCCAGGUGGAUACUCUUCGCCAUGUUAUCAGCCAGACAGGAGGAUACAGUGACAGCAUCGCCGCCAGCCAGAUGUACAGUCCACAGGGCAUCAAUGUAAGAACACCACCAAACAACAACUUUCUUUCAUUUCAUCACAAUAUUGCCUUUCUAUUCUUACUUUGGUCUCUUUGAAAUAAAAAUAAGCUAACUAUUUCUAUCCUAUACAUCUAUAGCUAUUCUUCUUUUGUUCCGAUGCAGUGUGUUCAUACAUUUGAACAACAAUUCGAUAGAAAGCUGCCUUUAUUAGGGUUUCAGUUUGUCCCUUUGCCCAAUUAUUUUGAAGCCAAUGUGUGUGGGAUGCCACUUAGUUAGCAGUGGCCUAUUGGUGGCUGGGCUGUUGUCCAGGCAACGGCCCUUGUGUACUGGUAAUGCCCCGGGCGCCAGGUGAGGAGGCAGGAGUCAGACGGCGUGAGAGGCGGCCGGCCAGGCGUACGGACACACUCAGAGCCUGCCUGUCUGGGGACAUUAGUGUUAGCGAGGCACCUGCAGCCGAAAGGAACAAGGCCACAGGUGACACCCUGCCUGUCCAACACUCAACUCACAUGGCACCAAAUGAAAAGAAACACAGACCUCGUUACUUCCCCGUUCCAAGGGCCCCCAAAAAAAUAAUCGCCCCAGAGUACAAGCUUCAGUCCAAUCUAUCUACCACCCUAAAAAAAGAAUGCCACGUUCUGAUGGGGUUUUGGCAGGGCAAGGCUGGGAACACUGGAGGGGGUGUGUAUAGUGUUAAGAUCUACAGUGACAGGCUGUGUUGUAGAGAGGGGAAUCAAUAAGGCAGUCAGAGCAGGCUGAGAGCGGUUCUGGGCCAGCAGUCCGAGUGCAUUGGUCGCAUCAUUCGUCCAACAACCACAAUGACACUGACAGCAGCGAGCCCUGUAAUGUCCAAUCCAAGAUGCUAAAAAAGGAAGUUGGGGUGGACUGAAGACGUUCUCCUGAGCUUCCUCAGUAAACUAUCGAAUCCAAAUUAACUUUUUAUGCAAUUAUGUUUUCAAGUAUUCAAACAUCAAAAUAUGAUGUCCUUGUAAGACACUUCUUCUUUUAUAUUGUAGAAAUCAUGUUAUUAAUUAUAUAUUUAGACUUUUCUGUAGAAGCUUUUAAUCUUGGAUGGAUCUUUCAUUGUGCAGCUAAACAAUUUCCACUCAUUCUGAGGUUUCUAAUGACUGAGCUGAGGCAGGGAGCAGCAUUCACAUGGCAGAGCUCUCUUCUAUCCUUGAACAGUAAUUAUGGCUGUGAAAUAGGCGGAGGGUGUCACCAAAGUUGAAGAUUUUCAAAGUGUUUUUCUCUCCCCUCGGUUCUAAAUGUGAUGAAAGACUUGCUCUAUGUGAAAUAACAGGGUUUGAAAAUAAGAGGGUGCCAAAGCCCAUCUCCAACAGCUUUCACUGAUGGCAUGGAAAUUGCCAUUAAUGUCCCAAACGCUCUUUAAAUCGACCUAUCUUCCGGGAUUGGAAAUUGCCUCCUUUUUUACGCACCCAUUAUAUUUUCAUCCCAAUAGCCGAUGUGAUAAUUUGCUAUAAUUUAUUCUCCCAUCAACCAUCUUGUAGGUUUUGUGUGUGAGAGGUCUGUCUGUGCGUUCUCAAUAACAUGUCUCUAUUGUCUUGACAUGAGGCCAUUUUGAAACAGAUGGGAGAUGAAGUCUUGAUAGAGGAAUUGUACUAUUGUGUAUUUUGAAGAUGCAUAAUCUCGCAGAGAGCAAAAGGGUGUAUUUCAGUUCAAGAGUUUCAUGUUAGCUACCGAUGCAGCUAAAAAAAAUAUACAGUAUGUGUCAUUAUUUCUGUAUCUUUUAGGAAAUUUGACCUGAGGCAUACAACAAAUUGUCUCACAAUUUAAUCUCUAGAUUUAUUUAAAUUAUUUUUUUUAAAGACUUUUGUCUUUGACUCCACAGACAAACGGUGGCUGGCAGGAUGCUCUGACCCCCUCGUCAGUGAACUCGCUCACAGAAGGACCUGGAAGUGUUCACUCGGACACCUCCAACUGAUUAUUUUACCCUCCACACCUUCCAUCCCCACAUCCCAUCGAUGAAACUUCAGAGCCUAUCACAGUGUUAAACAUAGAGGCAUACUACACAGUGUCCUGUAGAUUUCAGGGGUGCUGUGAAAACCAUAACUAAAACAACCUUUCCUAAGCUACAGUACUAUGGGACAUUUGAGAUACAUACAGUAAUAGGAAUGUCAGAACAAAAAUCAAAACAAUACAAAAAGGAUGAAUACAAAUGUUUGCUCAGAUUUCACAGGAUAUUUAGAGGGCUGGGGCUGAUGGUUUCACUCAUAUUGAUGAUAUUUAGUGAUAAGAUCAAUUCAGACAACCCAACCUGUAUACUUCAAUUUAAAUGCUUCAUUCUACCUCUCAGCAACUAAAAAGUAAAAAUAAUAUGAAAGAACAUUAUUUGUUU